ACGGCGGGAAGAGCGAACUGAUGUGAAUUCCAGUGUACGUUUGUGGAAUAAUUAUGGCUCUUUGGUCAGCAGUGUUUGGGGCUCAGUGAGCUUUGUUUUUCGCCGUAGCUGUGUUUAAAGACAACGCGCCGUUUGCGAGGCUCGGAGGCGGUUAGCAGUGUAGCGCAUGGAGAAGCCCGCGGACUCCGGCGGUGCUGCAGCAGCACCUGUGGGCCUCAGGAUGGAGGUGACGGAGAUCCGGCUGCCGGCGGGAGCGCGUGCGGUGCGGCUGCGGGAGUGGAAGGUGGAGCCCGGGGCUCUAGUAAAGGUGGACUCCGUGGUUGCCUUGUGUGUGGCGAUUCCUACGGACACGGAGUGCGGCUCGGAGGACCGAGAGCAGCCGAAGAGGCGGUUAGCGGAGAAGAAGGUGAAGUCUGACCGUGCUGGCGUGGUGAGAGAGCUGUGUUAUCAGCUCGGAGAGGUCAUAUCUCCCGGGGAUGUGAUCGCACGGAUAGAAGAAUGCAGUCACCCCAUCGUGAUGAAGGGGCUGUGUGCUGAGUGUGGUCAGGACUUAACACAGCUACAGAACAGGAAUGGGAAGCAGCAGAACCCCAUCUCUACUGCCAUGGUCUCCAUGGUGCACAGUGUUCCAGAGCUGAUGGUCAGCUCCGAGCAAGCCGAGCAGCUUGGCCGAGAAGACCAGAAGAGGCUCCACAGAAACAGGAAGCUGGUUCUCAUGGUGGAUCUGGACCAGACUCUCAUCCACACCACAGAGCAGCACUGUCAGCACAUGUCUACCAAAGGAAUUUUCCAUUUCCAGCUGGGUCGAGGGGAGCCCAUGUUGCACACACGUCUCAGGCCUUACUGCAAAGAGUUUCUGGAGAAGAUUUCCAAGAUGUACGAGCUUCACGUCUUUACCUUCGGAAGUCGCCUCUAUGCACACACCAUCGCAGGUUUUUUGGACCCUGAAAAGAAACUUUUCUCACAUAGAAUCCUGUCCAGAGAUGAGUGCAUUGACCCGUUCUCCAAGACAGGAAACCUGAGAAAUUUGUUCCCAUGUGGCGACUCCAUGGUGUGCAUCAUCGACGAUCGAGAGGACGUGUGGAAGUUUGCCCCUAACCUCAUUACAGUGAAAAAAUACGUCUACUUCAAGGGAACGGGUGACAUCAACGCCCCGCCCGGGUCACGGGAGGCACAGCUGGCCAAAAAAAGUGCAGGUAACCCGGCUGGUCAACCCAUAGAGAACCCUAACGCGUCCAGAUCGUCAGCCGACGAGGGGAAAAAUAUCGUCCACCGGAAACAGGACAAGGAUAAAAAGUCACCACAGGACGAAAUGUCCACCUCUGUCUCUGAUGCUCAAGGAGCAUCAGCUAGUCAGAGAACUUCUGAUGGAAAGAGGACAGAAAAGUUGAGUAAUAAAUGUGAGGUUAAAGCGGAUGAGUCAGGUGAAAGUGUUGACCAAGAGAACGUAGCUGAUAGCAGUGACUCGGUUAAAGCGCAUAAUAAAAACGAUCAGCUAUCAGAAAGUCAACCAACCAGCGUAGGUGAGGAGUGUUGUGGUACGGAGGAGAACGGAGACGCCGGAAGCGUGUGUGACGUGGACGAGGAGAGCUUGGGCGAUAACGGAUGUUCUGACAAGAAGGAAACCGAGACCGAGUCUCAAAACAGCGAGCAGUCGGGUGUUACCAUGGGGGAGGAGUCUUUAGACCACAGCAUGGUGGACGAAGAAGAAGAAGAAGAGGAGGAGGAGGAAGACCUGGAUCAGGACGAUCACUUGAUUUACCUCCAGGAGAUCUUAUUGCGCAUUCACAAUGAGUAUUACUCACGCUACGAGACCUACCUACGGGGGGAUUGUUCUGACAUGCCGGACAUUCGUAAAAUCAUCCCUGAGCUGAAGGGCAGCUCGCUGGCAGGAACGAACGUCGUGUUCAGCGGCUUGUACCCCACCAACUACCCCAUGGAACGAACACGAGAGAACUACCAUGCCAAAGCACUGGGUGCUACGAUUAGCAAGAGCCUCGUGCUUAAUGCCAAAGAUCCCGACUGCACCACCCACUUAAUCGCAGCACGAGCAGGUACGGAGAAGGUCCGGCAGGCCCAGGUCUGUAAGCAUGUGCACGUAGUGAACCCAGAUUGGCUUUGGGCAUGCCUGGAGCGGUGGGAAAGAGUGGAGGAGCAGCUGUUCCCACUUAAAGAGGACUACACAAAAUCCCAGAGAAGUAAUAGCCCAUCACCAUUUCCUGAUGUUCAAGAGUCCUUCCCAGCGCCUGUUAUUGACCCUGUUUCCAUCCAGCCCAAAUGUCCGCUGCCUCCAGAGUUGCACACAUACGACUCAGUAACUGGGAAGUUGAUCCGAAGAGGACCUCAGGUGCCAGCGUCAGCCCAAAAAUCCUCCGUGACGCCGCCUGGACAUGAAGUGCACUUAAACUUCAGGGAUUCGAGAUUCCUGCAGCAGGAAGACGUGGAUAGCUCCAGAGCAGACGACGAGCAGCCUGCACCAGCACGCAGGAAACGCCAGCCCAGCCUGUCCGAAACCUUACCUCUCUACACGCUCUGUAAGGAGGACCUAGACAGCAUGGACAGAGAGGUGGAUGAUAUUCUUGGAGAAGAAAGUGAUAACGAUAGCGAGGGAAAAGAGAAGGAGGAGAGAGACGAGGAAGAUGAAGAGAGCAGCAGGCAAAGUGCUGAAACAGCAGAUUACCACCAGAUCCUGAGAACGUCCGUCAAAGACACGUCAUCAUCAACAUCCAAACAAGUCAGCGGUCACACUGGGGUCAUACCAAGAGGACACAAGAGAAAGCUGCCGGACGUUAGGGAAGACGACGAUGACAAAGACGGAGACUUGGCUAGCCAGUCCAGUAAGGAGUCGAACGAGGACGGUAGUAGCUCAGAAGCUGACGAGAUGGCCGCUGCUCUGGAGGCAGAGUUAAAUGACUUCAUGUGAGACGAAUGAUGCUGACCGUCUGUUUCCAUCACCUGCAUUUUUGCAUGUCACCUCUACUGUGUGUGUGUGUGUGUGUGUGUGUGUGUGUGUUGUAUAUAGAACAGCGGGUGGAAAAAAUAUUUACAAAGUGUGAAUACAAAAUAAUUAGACAAAACUGUUGAAUAUUUUAUUGCAUUACCUUGGACAGUGGAUGCUUACAUUUUUUUGUGUCAAGGUUUUACACAAAAAUAAAUAAAGAAAUAAAAUGAAUUACUGCCAAAGACGAUGACAGGCAGCUAUAUUUUUUCAUAAUUUUCUUUUGUCCUCGAUUUCUUUGUCCAGUUUUUUCGUCUAUGCAGAAUAACAAAAAAAAAAUCUUUUGGCACAUUACAAUAUUUUCUGAGGAGAAUUAUUAAGUUGAUUUUUUUUUUUUGCCAAAUUUUGUGUUUAAAAACAUUUUCUUGUAGAAACAUUUAUUUUACAUUAUUCAGGUUUUGUGCUUUUAUUUGUAACGUCCAUUUAAAAGUUGAUUUGUGAUAUUCUGCUUGUAUAUUCGAUUUCAUACUGCCUUUCCUUACUAACUACCUUUUCCUUACUAAACAAAAUGGACAAAAAAAAUAUGAAAGGUUUUAGAGAUGAAAGGUUUUAGAGAGGUUUUUCUGCUAUUAAUAUUCUCUAUGAAAACAAAUUAUAUUUUACAAAAGCAAUGUACAUUGUGUUUUUUUUUUUGUGCUGAAUGCGGUCGGUGCGCCUAAAGAUGUCUAAAAUCAUUCUGUACAGAGGACAACAAAGUUUUAAAAUGUUUACAUGACCUAAUAAAAAG